CCUGCGCGCCCCGGCCCGUCUGCGGCGCCGCGGCCAGCUGGCGCCAGCGCUCAUAUAGGAUGCGCGGGGAUGGGACCGAGCCGGCCAGAGCAGCGGCUUUGCCAUCUGAGUAACACCCUCCAUCCAGCCUCCUCUCCUCCUCCCGCGCUCGCUUUGCUUCCCCCCCCACCCCACAUUUUUUUUUCCAUUUUCUUCACCCCCCAUCCCCCGCCUCCUUUCUCCCCUUCUUCGCGGCGCUCGCAUCCUCCAAGGCAUCCAUCAGCACCCACCCGCGGAGCACCCUGCCUCCCGCGCCGGGUGCUGCCCCGGCGCUUCCCCGGACCUGCCGCCGCCACCCGCCUGUUGACAGAGGGACACGCUGACUUUGGGGGGCCUCCCCCACCCUUCCGAGGGCGCACCCCGCUCACCCGGCGGUUUUCUCUCUAAGAAAAGCCACCCUAUCUACCAAGACCCACCGGCAGCGCCAAAAGCCACCACCCGCCCCCCCAAGCAGCACCACCCUCCCCCACCGAGCGCCGCUCGCUCCUGGUCCGGGGCGGGUGGGAGGGGAGCCCCGAGGCCAUGGAGGUGGCCACCGACCAGCCUCGUUGGAUGGCCCACCACGCCGUGCUCAACGGGCAGCACCCCGAGAGCCACCAUCCCGGACUGGCUCACAACUACAUGGAACCAGCGCAGCUCCUACCUCCGGAUGAAGUCGACGUCUUCUUCAACCACCUGGAUUCCCAGGGCAAUCCCUACUAUGCCAAUUCUGCCCAUGCCCGGGCCAGGGUCUCCUACAGCCAGGCACACGCCCGCUUGACCGGGAGUCAAAUGUGCCGGCCUCAUCUUAUCCACAGCCCCGGGAUCCCUUGGCUGGACAGCAGCAAGGCGGCACUGUCUGCCCAUCACCACAACCCCUGGACCGUCAACCCCUUCACCAAGACACCCCUGCACCCCUCGGCGGCGGGAGCGCCCGGGGCCAUCUCGGUGUACCCAGGCAGCAGCACGUCCAGCACCGCCUCCGUGUCAUCGCUCACUCCGGCCUCGCACUCUGGCUCCCACCUCUUUGGUUUCCCCCCGACCCCUCCCAAGGAAGUGUCUCCGGACCCCAACUCCACCAGCGCUGCCUCCCCUUCAUCCUCUGCCGGAGCCCGGCAGGAGGACAAAGACAGCAUCAAGUACCAAGUGUCGCUGUCGGAGGGGAUGAAGAUGGAGAGCGCCAGCCCGCUCAGAAGCAGCCUCACCAGCAUGGGGGCUCAGCCCUCUACCCACCACCCCAUCCCCACCUACCCCUCCUACGUGCCGGCCGCCCACGACUACAGCAGCAGCCUCUUCCACCCCGGCAGCUUCCUGGGGGGCCCCGCAUCCAGCUUCACCCCCAAGCCACGAAGCAAGGCCAGAUCCUGUUCGGAAAGAAAUCCGGUUUCUUCGUGUUUCCAUUUAGAAGGCAGAGAGUGUGUGAACUGCGGAGCAACUGCUACCCCUCUCUGGAGAAGAGACGGCACCGGGCAUUACCUGUGUAACGCCUGCGGGCUCUACCACAAAAUGAACGGUCAAAACCGACCUCUCAUUAAACCGAAACGAAGGCUGUCAGCGGCACGGAGAGCGGGGACUUGUUGUGCCAACUGUCAGACAACCACCACGACCUUAUGGCGACGUAAUGCAAACGGGGACCCAGUUUGUAACGCCUGCGGACUCUACUAUAAAUUGCACAAUGUGAACAGGCCUCUGACCAUGAAAAAGGAAGGAAUUCAGACCAGGAAUAGGAAAAUGUCCAACAAAUCAAAGAAAAGCAAGAAGGGCUCCGAGUGUUUUGAGGAACUGUCCAAGUGCAUGCAGGAGAAAUCGUCCCCGUUCAGCGCCGCUGCCCUCGCCAGCCACAUGGCGCCCAUGGGGCAUUUGCCACCGUUCAGCCACUCCGGACACAUCCUACCGACACCUACCCCCAUCCACCCAUCCUCCAGCAUCUCAUUCGGACACCCGCACCCGUCCAGCAUGGUCACGGCCAUGGGAUAAAACCCGGCGAGAGAACCACCCCGAGGUGAAGAACGCGGGGCUUUGCCUAAGACGACACCCAAGUAAGAAAAUGUUCUGCCAGGAGGAGAAUGUAGGGAUGGCGAAAGGGGAUCUUUGCUCCUUGUGGUUUAACUCUUAACGCUGGACCUAAAAACCUCGCAAAUUGACCCAUCGGUCUUCUGCAGAAACGUGUAGUGGUGCCUGUAAUGCACUUUGCCCCCUCAGGUAUAAGGGAAAAAGAACUCACCUGUUCGAUACUUAAUGGUCCAGCAGGAAGGAAAAGGUGGCAGAAGCUGAAGGAAAAGGCUCGGAACUGGCUUUCCUUUCUCUCUUUGUUAUUACUGUGAAUAUUGUAAAGAGAUAUAAGCAGCUUCCCAGGAUGGAAUCGGCUCACUGGAAGCCAGACAUGCUGGAUUUCUAUCGUGGACUUUGUUUGGGAUGGGGAAAAAAAGAUUAAAAAAAAAAAAAAAAGGACAUCUUUAUAAAAACGUAAUUUUUAAACAUGAAAUCAGACACAAAGUCAUAUUUAUUUUGCUCUUGUUUUCCACAAAAAGCCGCAACCCCUCUGAUUGCAUGUUUUUGUGCUGUUGUUUGCAAUGGCUAUACCCUGUAAGAAAACCUGCCUUCGAAACAAGGAGGGGGGGGGGCAUAUCCAGCAGCCCCCUUGGUAUGACAGAUAGAUGGAGCUAAUCUGAAAUAUCUCCUAGGAAGGGGGAAAAGAUUUGAGGGGGCAGAACAAAGCAAAAUUGUUGUCGUAAUCAGGAUUUUAAUGCGCCCAAGACAGUGAUUAUUUUGAUGUAAUUUCUUCAUUUUUUUUUUUCCCUAAUUUAAAAAAAUAGCUCCCCCCCACCCCAGCUACUUUAUUUCUCAAAACAGCCCAAUCAGACAAAAUGUUGGGGCAAAACAAACCUCUUGGGAAGGCAAUCCUGUGCUGGCGAGAGGGGUGAGAUACACGCGUUGACCAAACUGUCGCAGCUAACUUGAGCACAGCAAAAAAACGUUGCAUCGCAGGGCAUAAAAACAUCCAACUCGCAGCCUUUGGAGGUUGAAGCAUUUUUGUUGUGGUGUGUUUGCAGCUGUCGCUUAAAAAUGCAGCUGAGCUGCUUGGGUAAACUUGCAGCAGUGCGGCCACAGCGGCCGGGACCCCGUGGACGGGACCAAGGGCAGGAAGAUGAAGUUGAGAUCACUGGAGAGGGGGAAAGAGAGAGAGACAAUCACUUCUGAGCUUCACCCAUCCGUCAGAUCCCAGACGCGGCGACAGCUGAUGAGGCGAGGGAAAGCCAUCAUUCCAAAGGGAACGGUCCUUUUCCGUAGCGUAUUUUAUACGAAAAAAGAAAUAAAAAUUAAAAAAAAAUAAUUAAAUCUCCCAUUAUUAAACCAUAAUGUACGUAAAUGAGCGCAAACAAAGCUAUUACCAAUGUGAAGUGUAUUCUAUUGAUUGUUAUGAUCCGAUGCCUCUCGUGAACACAAGCUCCAGUAUAACAUACAAUGUACAUAUUUAGCUAUACUUCUGAUGAAAAUGCCCCAAUGAACAGAGGGGUUUGAUAAUGUAAACCACAUUAAGCUUAACUCUGUGACAAGCUUCUUAUUUUUUAACUUUUUUGUUGUUGUUGUUGUUGGGGUUUUUCUAUGUUAUUUGUUUUUGGAUCAAGCCAAUUGUCUCUUUACUGCAAAAGUCCCGCUCUAACGAAAAAACACAAUGAAACAAAUCAAAUGGAUGUAUAUUAAUUUUUGUUCUAAACGUGUAAUUCCAAUAUUCGAUAAUGAAUUAAGAACCAAGCAGCCAUGAAAAUCCCGCUCUCCUCCUUUCUCUGGUCUGCACAGGCAUAUAGCUGCACUUUGUAAAGAAGUGGAAAUAAACGGGAAGUUAAAUUGGUUGGGAGAAAUAAUAAGAGUUUUUAAUCUACUGAGGUUAAAGAAUUGGGUCUUUUUUACUUUUUACCUUUCACAAUGGUACAGUUGUACAUUAUUUGUACCCAACUCAAAUUUCCGUAGGAUUUGGGCAGGGGCGGGAAGGGAUGUGGGUGGCACACAGGGAUUACUGAUACAGUUGACAAAGUGCAAUAUAUCGUCGGUCACUGCAGCAUAGACAACGGCAGUCGAGAUUUAAAUUAUUUUGUACUUGUAUCAGCAUAAAAAAAUAAAAUUCUGCAGUAUUUUCUGUUUUUAUUUUAAUUUUUUUAUUUCGCUUAUUUUUUGGAUUAGUGAACUAAGUUAUUGUUAAUUAUGUACAACAUGUUUAUAUAUUGUCUGUAAAAAGUGUAUGCUCUCCUCAUAUUCCUUCAAGGUGAAUAUUGCUAAGAAAUAAUAAAAUACCUUUUUUGUGAAAGUA